CAGAUCACGCGCAGUCGCGCUCUCGUGGUCCAAUUUUCCAAUGCAUUGGUGUGAACUAUGCGAGCAUUUCAACAUUCCGAGCCAGCCUGUCGUUUUCACUAAACCUGCCGAUUCAAUUGCUGCGCCAUUUGACGAUAUCCAUGUCCAUGCAGAGGCACAAUCGCAGCUGGACUAUGAAGGCGAACUCUGCUUCAUCUUUGGCAAGGACUGUAAGGAUGUAACCGAGAGUAACGCGAUGGACUGCGUUCUUGGCUAUACAAUCGGCAAUGACCUCUCGGCACGAAACUACAUACCGCAAGAGAUUUCCGGGUUCCAGAUGAGCUAUGGAAAGUCCUUUAACGCCUUUGCGCCAUUUAGGCCGUAUAUUGUCCACCCUCGAAUUGUCGGCGACCGGCAUCAGCUCCAGCUCACAACAAAAGUAAAUGGCGAAAUACGGCAGGAUGAGAAGACAAGCGACAUGAUCUGGAAGAUUCGCCAAAUCAUUCCGCACCUUACCCGCGGCAGGACGGUUCGAGCUGGAACGGUUUGCAUGACAGGGACACCCUCUGGAGUCGGAUGGUUUAUGCACCCAACUGGCUAUGUCAAACACGGUGAUGAGGUAGAAGUUACGAUAGAGAAGCUAGGAUCUAUUAAAAAUAAAAUCUUCUUCUUAUAGGG